AAAAGCACGAAUACCAAAGGAUGUGAAGGACCUCCGGUACAAGCCCUAGACCCCUUAGCGGACUUGUAGGGGAGUAUGAUGUUGACUCUGUGGCCUGAUUGCUUAAUUAUCUGUCAUUUUUGCUGAAUCAGUGGUACAGACAACAAUUCAGUCAUGGGCUAGUUCAUCCUGACCUAGCGGAGUGCUCAGCUCUGCCUGAACGAACUGCGUUUGACGGUGAAUCAUCUUGGCGUCGACAAAAAUCCACUCGUCGCCUGCAAACCUUUCCUAGAUGUGAGACACCACUCGUCGCUGCGUAGGCGCCGUCUCACCAUCCUGGCAAGCAAGUUUCCAGCUGUGAUGCGAACCAUGGAUGGGUCCAUCUGAGGAGUCUCGGAGUCCGAGACGGACGACGCCAACACGCGUGCUGAAGAUUGAUGUGUCGGCCAUGUCGCGAUGCUGGAAUCGACCAGCAUGGGGCAUGAAUUCAGGGACAGACAGAUAGUCCGUCAGUUCCAGAGGGUUGACGUGUUCUACUCCCUCAGCAUGGGAGGUCCAUAUACCUAAUUCGCCUCCACGCUGACCUCACUGGUUGGGGCCAUCUGUAGUGACCAUCUCCCUGUGAGAGUGGACUACUCCCUUUCAUGAGACCCCUCCCCCCCUCCUUUCCUCUCUUGAGAUUCGCGGUUUAAUCACACGCUCGGUCCAAUUCAAUUUGAUUCGUAUCGCGCUUUUUACAACGGACCUUGUCUCAAAGCAGCUUUACAGAAACAUAUGAACACAGGAUACAGAUUUUAAGUGUGUGGAUUUAUCCCUAUUGAGGAAGAAACCUUGAGAGGAACCAGACUCACAAGGGAACCCGUCCUCAUCUGGGUCACAACCGAUAGAGUGAAAGUAAAAGAAAGUUGGAAAAUGUUUUUUUAUAUGAAGUCUGUUUUGUUGAACCGGUCCACUGUUCACUAAAGGAGACCCGAGUGUAAAACCGCAUGUUGUAAUCGCAGUCCCGAGGCCAUCGCAGCAACUACACUCCCAGCAACCACAGCGAGAACGUCCACGUGGAAUUGAGGUCCAAAACAAUUUCAUGGUACUUCAAGCGAUACACCAUCCUCAGCAAUCUCCAGGCUGCACCGCUUUGAACUGAACUGAACCCGAUUCUGAAAUUCCAACACACCCCAAGGGGACUAUUGUUCGCAAUCGCAGCAUUCUCAGCAGGACUGAAUCGGAUUGGUGAGCAAAAUAAUGUCUGCCACAUAUUAAGGUGACCAUCACCGUGCUUGCAUCCUCAGAACACCCAUGGUGCUAGAGACAGGCCAAAAGAUAAGACUUUGAAGCGAGACUAUCCAUGGAAGGCAAACCUUAAAAGUCACAUCUGUGCUCUGGACCAGUGGAAACACUGCAGAGGCGUAAACCAUUGUGGUUGCUGCACAGCAUGAAACCAUCUGACGUGAUCAAAGUGCCAAAGAUAGUCAUGUGGCCUAGCUACGUUUUAGCGCACUGGAGAGCCUGGACAUGUUAUCGCGAACAGUCUGAAACUCCAUUUUAAUGCGCACAGUCAGCGUCUAGCAUCGUCACGUGUAUGUUUCACGAGGUUUUGUUUUGUUUCGCGUCAGAUCAGAGUGCCUAAUUCCCACAGCCGGAUCUCUCAUCCAUACUUCAUCCUCCUCUCCUCCGUCUCAUCCGUAUGCAUUAUUGAAGCAAGCGGCAAAUCAUGUGGGAAGCUGCGGUCUGCCCUGGAUUUUUUUUUUUUAUUUUUGGUCGUUUUGUUUCUACAUCGUUAUGCUCUUCCAUGCUCUCGCUAGUGGAUCUGAAGGUUGCUUUUAUAAAAAGUGUAUAGAAAUAAGCGACUCCGAGCCGAGCUCAAACCCAGCUCUCGGAUAUCGACGAGAACGUCACUCCAAGCGCUGCUGGAGGACGUCCUGAUCGACAGCUGCUUCCAAGCGACGCGACGAAUGCCGGAUGAUCUCAUGGCCCUGGCGAUGGUCAUGCUGUAUGACCUGCAGGACAGGAAGUUCCAGCCCAGAGAGCCAAUGACAGGAGAAGGGGAGGGGCUUGUAGAGGAAGUGAGGCUGGUGGAGGACAGCCUCUUCAGAUUUAGGACUAAGCUUGCGGCGUCUCUGGCUCGCUUCCGAAUCAAGCAGGAUCUGGUGUGUAUCGAUGACAUUCUGCCAAAAAGUGUGAAGGAAAAGCACCAGAGAAAACACAAACUACCCACCUGUGCCUGGGUCAACACACUCAAGAGCAGCGUGGAUGAAGUGUGUGUGACGCUGAAGACGCAGGGCUUCGUCCAGGUGGAUCCACACACACACCUGGAAGGGAGAGUGUUCUGUAAGGACGCACACUGUCCCGAUGUCCUGCUGUUUCCACGCCAAGCGCGAGAACUUCGAGACAAGACGACGCUGUUACUGGAUCGCACGCUUAUAAUACAGGAGAAGUCCCGCAGUCUGGCCGUGUGCGCACUGCGCCCCCUGUUGGCCAAAAACACGGAUAUUCUGUUAGCGGGGUCGUUCUCUGCACACACCGUAGCUCACGUCGGCGUCCAGGCGUCGGUCUUUUCCAACCACGUCUACGUCUGCGGGAUUCCUGCCGACUCCGCCCUCAGGGAGGAGCUACACGUGACGCUCUCUCGCAUUGGCUGCAAAAACGUACGCUUGCUGUCUGAACGACUUGCCGAGCUGAGCGAAGGCGAUUCGCGUCUCCAGAAGGUUCGAGUCGUUCUCGUGCUGCCCCGCUGCACAGCUUCAGCACUCAGUGACCCCACAGCGCAUAUUAUUAACGAGGACGGAGACAGGAAGCUGCUGCAGGAUCUGUCUCAGGGCGCGGUGUCCGACGCAAACCUGGAGCCCCUGAUCCACAAACAGAUAGACGACCUGAGCCACGCCCUGACCUUUCCCAAGGUGCACGGCGUGGUCUACUGCACGUGCUCGGUGUAUGCCGAGGAGAACGAGCUGGUGGUGAAGAGAGCGCUCAAGAACGCCGCUGCCAGGACCAAGUUACGGCCGUUCAGGAUAGUAUCUACAGGAUGGACGGAUGAGGAGACGUUCUUAAGACUGCAGGCUUCGGACACCGGCGAGGGCUGCUUCCUCUGCGUGCUGAAGCGAGAGGAAGCAGAAACCGUACAGAACAUACUGGCACGUGCAGCAGCGAAAGGUCUCCUGAACGGACUGGCACUUCAUGAAAAACUCAAGAAAACGAGGAGGAAAGACAAACAAGGCGGAGCUCCGACGACUCCUCUUCCUCCUCAACCUGACCCCUCGCUCACCAGCGCCCCAAGUGUUUCUGAACGGCUUCCCGUUGACCCCACUCUCCCAGAAGUUGCCCUAGAACACCCCCGCCGUCCUUCUCUUUCCCCGAACGACGGUCCUGCGCAUCCGAAUCACGCUCCGGCCGCCGGACUCGUAGAGAAUCGGGCUUCCGAGGCGGCGCGUCGGUACAAAAAGAUCCGCAGGCGGAAAUCUAGAGCGUCGAGAUACGGGGCGAAAACCAAGAAGCGCAGGACGCGAUCGUCUCGUAAGAAACCGCCUCGCCGUCGCGUUCGACCUGCGGAAGAUGUGGCCCCGUGACUAAAACCCGGACGAGUUUACGAUAGAAAUAAAGAGAAAGGAAGGGAUUAGUGUUUCUGAUAUGCCGUUUAUUCUCACAACAGAUUACAUUUAGUAUGGGGGUACAAAGUAGUGUAGAGGAGAAGAAGCCAUUGUUUCCACAAGAAUUCAACUGUGUGUGCGUGAGUGUGUGUGUGUGUGUGUAACCAGGAAGUCAUAUCUCUACUGAAUCUAAAUCCCGUGAAUCUGCACGCUCCGCUGUGGUUCUGUUCCAGAGAUUGGAACAAGGUCCGGUGAGAACACUGAAAAAAAUGAGGGGAAGCUGUGCAAAAAAACCGGAAACAAUUAAAAGCGUUAAACAUGUCGAAUUCGAGUGUGAAGAACAAAAUGGCCGACAAAAACGACAAACCAAAAGGUAAAACAAAGUGUUUUUGAAGCCACUUCAACAAUAUCUCAUAACAGUUCCCUCUCCAAAAUAGCUCAGCGACCCGGUUUCUUUAUUUCUCGUCGUGGAGCGAUUUCUUUAGUGCGAGCCACGGUCGAGAGAACGUCCGAGCGCAGGUCACGUACGGAUAUAAAAUAGAAUAAAUAAAAUUUUUAAAAUCUUCUUUUGUGUUUCGGGCCAACGUCCUUCUGAAAUUGUCCCUCGACAUGUGACGCGAAAGGCGUCUCUCUUAUUUCUGAUUUCGCUUCGUUUUCCUCUCGAGCUAAAAGAAUGCAUAGAUUAGACACUUACGGCUCACGGCCCGAGCUCUCGUACGGCUAGUGUCUCUAGAAGACCCGUAAAAUAAAUUCUUUCCUCCCGCUCUUUUCCUGUCCGGCGGUUUAACACCACCACGUACAGCAAGUUGAACGUGUUCACGAGACGUCGGGAGGCAAAUCAUAUACAAAAAACUAAAAAAAAAUCUCAAAAGUGAAAAAAAAAUAAUAACAUAUACAUAUAUUUAAAAAAAAAAACAUAGCUUAUGAUGUGAUAUGCACUUGCAAAGUGUUCUAUGGAUACUGUACACACGUACACAAGUGACAUCUCGAAACCCGGACACGGUGAUGAGAUUAGGACCACAGCUGACACGGUAGGAAGGACUACGAACUCCAGAUCACAGAUAAGCUGAUGUCAGGCGUUAAAGCGCACCGGUUACGGCUCUGAAACGGGCCUAAUUUUGUUUUAAAGGUCUCACACACGCAUCCGAGGUCUACAAACACUUUAACGUGCUCAUAAUUUAAACUGCAGCAUUACCUUUUUUUCCCCCCAGUGUCACAAACGACUCGUUAAAUGAUCCGUUCUAAAUGAUUCGUUCUGAACUCCUCCUUUCAGAGAGCAUACUCUGCUCUGAUUGGUCAGACGUUGUGAUUGGUCUACCGCUGUCAGCGUGUUUCAAAAAGGAAACGCCCACUACCGUAACGGGUUUCAGCUCCGUCUGUCAGCGAGCAGCCGAUGAAGAGCAGAGGCGGGGCUUUUUGUUACAGACCUACGUAGGUUAGUACAGGAAGUAAAGUCCGGAAUCACGAACGACUCGAUUCAGCCGUUCAGAAUCGAUUCCUUCUUUUAGGAGUCGGUAACUCCGUUUGUCCUGCGCGUCGAUUUUUGAAACUUUGCAGACUUUUUACAUUCACAAACAGCUACGUCGAUAACACACUACAUGAGAGGGAAUAUCUGAAAAACCAUAACAGGUGCGCUUUGAACGCCGAUUCGGCUCCCGGGACGAGCGUGUCUUUAUUUUCGCGUCCUCUCGCCACCUGGAAGCGGCGCUCGGACGCCGAACCGAGCUCCUCGACGUCCGAACGUCGCUCCGGACGUGCCUUAAGCGCGUGCGCGGUUUUGUUGCCAUUUCGUCGUCACGUCAGCGUCCAAGUCGUAAACAAGCUUUAAAAGGAAACCAAAGAAGAAGGGAAAAAAAGGCAUCUUCACUGAGGCAAUAUAAAAUAAGCGACUCCACAGGACAUCAUUUCUCGGCGUCGAAGGGUUCGAUCCGUCAGCACGGGCUUUUUUUUUUUUUUUUUCUUUUUUAAACGCCGAGUUGCAAAAUCAGC